AUGGAGAAUUCUAUUGAGAGUUCCAACGGAGAGUGUGAAUAUCCCUCGAGCGAAGAUGAGCAAGAAUUGAGAGAACAACUACAAAGUGAGCUUUGCGGAAACAAAUCUUACGAGGAUAGUCCGAUUUUCCAACAUCAACGAACGUUUUCACUCAGCAUCUCUUCGGAAUAUGUCAAAGAUUGGGAUUCAACAUGUGCAUUUCGAGAACUCUAUCAGAAUUGGAAAGACGCGAUUAUGGAAACAUUCGACCUGCAACGUCUACAGUUUCGACCAUGCUUGGAAGAUGAUGAUGACUUUCUUUCUGUCAAAGUGCCAACCUCAAGCCUCGUCGACGAUGACGUUCCCGCUCUGGGGUUCAUUCGAUAUGAGAAGAAAACAGGGCGAGUUAUCAUGGUCAAUGCGUGCGCACAACUUCAGCCUGAAGCUCUUGAGUUGGGACACACAUCAAAGUUAGGAAAUCCUAAGCUAGCAGGUUGUCAUGGAGAAGGACUCAAACUUGCUGCCCUAGUGAUGACUCGCAAUGACUACAAAAAGGCAGAGUCAAUCGUGACCGACAAAGAUUAG